GUCAUCAAUCUGCUGCUGGAUUGACGGACGUGCGAACCGAUAGGUACCAACAAGGCCUGGGGCUGAGUUGUCGUUGUCGAACUGUCCUGAUGGGGUCUACUCCACUCUCGCCGCUGGCAGUUGAGCUUCAAAGUAGUGCGAUUACUGCGUAGCAGCUCGCUGCCUGUGAAUGGGAGGUGCAAGCUUUCCCUGCAUACGUCAACUGAGGACGGUCGGGGUAGACUCGUCGUGGAAGGCGCACCAAAAUGUCUGGUCGAAAGACAACUGAUUACGGGAUAGGUGGUCGCUGUGAGGGAGUGGGAACGGCGCAGGCCCUCGGUGUAAUGCGUGGUAAAGAUGAUGGUUUUGUGAGCCAAGGUAAAACAAGAGCGCGAGGAUCCUGCGAGCGAGUGUCUAGGCGGGAACACAGCCCCGCUCGUGACGAGAACCGCUGGCGUGAAGACGACCUAACAAUCGCCAGCUCCAGACCUGGAAAGCGUGUCAGGCAUUUGACAGAGCCCGCUAUUGACUCGUCUCAGGUAAAGCCAUGCAUCAAGCGACGUCGUCUGUAUUCUAUGCCUGAGGGCAUCUUGGAGCCCAGAACUACGGCCAGCUCACAGAGUGACGGCUCGAUGGCAGGUGUCGUGAGGCCAAGAAAGACUGUUGAUACCGCCAGCAGGCCGAAUGAGUCCGUGUAUGACAUGCUUCUUGAGCACAGUGUGAAGAGGUCGAAUCGUGGAUGGCAUGGCAGACCAUGCAGAAAGGCGCGCGGUGGCAAAAAGGCGACUCCGAAUCGACAGCGUCGGAAAGUCGCGCCGCCAACGGAAGGAAUGAUCGGGGAAUGUUAUCCGCCUGUGCCGGGACGGCAAGCUACGACUGCUGCCGCUCGUAAUCUUAGUGGCUCUUCGGGUCAGAAGAGUGAGAAUCGGCCCAGUCGGGCAGCAAGCGAGUCUUCGAUGAAGACCCUCCAUGAAGCUGCCGGAGAGCAGGCGUCGGAGACAGUGCAAUGGGUUGAAAAGAUGCUCGCCUGCGAUGAAGUCCUGGAGCGCGGCAACACCGAGAUCUAUUUCUUGCCAAACGUGGGUGCGCCAGAAGAUGUAGACAGUGAUGACGAUGAUGCGUUUGAGCCAACCAGUGAACUAUCCGCGCGCAAGCCAACUGGCACGCCGAAGGUCGACGUUGCCUCCACGCAUGAAAACCAUUGCGGUCCUAAUGGCGCUGCAAAUGAACCCGGAUGCGAAACCGGCGUCAGCAAGAAAGUGAAAAGUCGUCAUGAACCAGAGCCAACUAUUUGCGCUCCUGUAAUCCUGAAUACUUGUACCUCGGAAGCAUCAGACUUGCCACUGGACCUUUCUCCAGACCUCUCCAUAACGGAUUCGAGCGAAUGGAAGCCAUCCUUUCAUUCGAGCUCCAGCGAGCUCCAGGACAGUGGGUCAAACUGGCUCGGAAGCGGCGUACGCAUGGCUAAGAGGGCGAAGCGUGUCUACAUGUAUUCACGCUUCGGUCGCGAGGUUAAGACGCAGCGAGGCACCUCGGCCUCCACGCGAGCCUUCAGGAGCCCCGCAGAGUCCCGCCGAGGCCGCGACGAGGCCACGAGACGUGAGCGGCCGAGGAGGCCGCUGAGCCAGGCGCGCGACGUGGCGUCCGACGAGCGGGCCAUCGGUCCGGCGCCCUGGUUACGGACUCACCGGUCCCACCAGCAGAGAUCAGCCGCGUCCCUCCCGGCCGCCCGAAGGCUUUCAGCCGGACCGCCGCCAAUGACGGAGAGCAAGACAGCGCUGCUGGAUGGCGACGCACUGAGACGUGACGCAGCAGGACAUCGUGAGGAUGGGCCCGGCCCGUGCCGGGACGAGGGUGAGGGCGAGCGCCAGCUGGCGGCGGCGCAACUGCGCGUCUGGACAGCGGGCGGUGAGUGGCGCCAGCGCGCCGGCGCCGCCCCGCUGGCCGCCUGCGACCGGCUCGAACAGCUGGCAUAG